AUGACCAGCCCCAAUCCAGCACAGCGGAAUGUUUGGCAAAACAAGCAGAAAGCUAAAAAAUUUACUAAAUACGAUCAAAAUCGUUCUCUGGGGAAUGUGAAAAUUUAUAGUGACGAGUCGGACAGUGAAGUGCCAGCGGUUGAUAAAACUUCGACUCGUGCCGGCGUUUGGCGCAAUAAGCAAAACCUAGGGCGCCGAUCUCUGCAGAAUGUGAAAAGUUACAGCGACGAAUCGGAUGACGAACUGCCCAUGCUUGAACCGGACCCAAACCAAUUGCCUACUCAGGCGAAUGUUGUGGUAAGAGAGGAAACGUCGGGCAAACGUCAGACAGCCGUGCUAGCGACUUCCAACGAACUUGCCGUUCAGCAUAACAACCAUGAUAAAGAUGAAGCCGUGCUGGAAAUCGAAGAAAAUUCACUUUGCCAAAAUCAGACAUCCUCCGAAGAGCUUGCUACACAAGCGAAUACUGGAUAUAAAACUUCCGAUAAUUUAGGACCAUUACAUAAUUUAGUCCUGGAGUAUGUUGCGCAAGGAUGGUAUGACGUAGCAGCAAUGCUCUGUGAACAGACUUUAGAAGAGCUAGAAAAAACCAAUGGACGUGAUCAUUCGGAUGUAGCGUCCGUGUUGACCGUCAUGGCAUUAAUAUACAGAAGCCAGAAUAAACAUGAAGAGGCAGCAAAUUUAUUAAAUGAUGCAGUAAUGAUACGAGAGAAAACUGUGGGCGAGAACCAUCCAACCAUGGUUGCGGCCGUUAAUAAUCUUGCCGUCCUGUAUGGCGAGCAAGGUAAAUACGAAAUCGCUGAACCACUCUUUGAGAGAGCUCUGAAAAUUCAAGAAAAUACACUGGGAAAAGCUCAUCCGUACAUUGCAAAACUGCAUAAUAACUUAGCAUUGCUUUGUAAAAAACAGACAACAUUUGAAUAUGUAGAAUCGUGCUACCAACAAUCGAUGGAAAUGUUCGAGAUGAAACUUGACCAAGAUGAUCCGAUUGUUACUGAAACUGAACACGACUUGGCAAGCUGCUAUUUGAAACAAGGAAAAUACAAGGAAGCCGAAAUCUUGUACAAACAGUUCUUAACGCAGGUUCACGAAAGAGCAUUUGGCACCAUUAAUGACGAUAACAAACCAAUUUGGCAAGUGGCAGAGGAGAGGGAAGAAAAUAAGCUAAAAAAUGGUGAUUGGGGAAAAGCUACCGAAGAAGAUCCUUUAACCGUUGCCACGGCGCUUAAGAACUUGGGAGCCCUAUAUAGAAUACAAGGAAAGUACGAAGCUGCCGAUACUUUGGAGGACUGCGUCUUGCGGAGCAAGCCAGAAGCACUGGAUUCAGUAGAAGAAUCGACAAUGGAGACGACAACGGAGGGAAUUGCCGAUGAAAAUAGACUUUUCCAAAUGAAAGUCACCGAUAACUCCAAUACAGGAACUCGGCAAAUAAGAACUAUGUAA